CUCUCGCCCGUAGUCAGCUGGGAUAGGCUCCAGCUCGCCUGCGACCCUGUAGAACAGGAUAAAGCGGCUACAGAUAAUGAGAUGAGAUGAGACAGACCCUUGUCCAAACAUCUGAACAGCCAAAGAUCCUUGCUGGCACUAGAGAGCAGCAGAGAGCUAUUGAUCAGUUCACCAAGGUUUUUAAUCAUAAGCAUGUUUAGUGUUCAGAGUGUUCAUUUUUAAAAAUCUAUUAAUCUCAGAAAUCUUUUAUUUGUCUUGUUUAUAUUAUAAUGUUAUUGGUCCAAGUCAAGUUUUAGGAGUAUGCAGUAUCUGACUGUACUCGACAUGCUUUCUUUUCCAAGAGAAUCUGCUCUGUCUUCAUCUUUUUUGGUUUAGUAAAUGUGUGUGGAUUGUAAUUUUCAGCAUGGAAAGGGUGAAAGUGAGAGUGAGAGUACAGACAGGGUGGGAGGAGAGGGGACGCUGAACAAGCAGGCAGGUUUUUCCUCUUUUACUCUCUCUCUCUCUCUCUCUCUCUCUCUCUCUCUGGUCCCCCUGGUUUUUCAGCUCCACAGAUGGCAGGAAGUGCUUUCCUCUAUCGGACUGACAUCAAGUUCUUUUUUGACCUUUUCAUAUCUCAAUCUGUGAAGCUUUCUGUCUUGGCCCUAAUCUUUCCCUAGUCAUCCUUCCUUCAUUCAGCAUGGUGAACAGAUAAUUACCUGACUGAGGGUCACCAUGGGCGCCUGCCUUUGCAAAGGUCAUCAAGAGAUUCAAAAUAGCCAGCAGCAGCAUCCCAUAGGAGAGCUCCAGCCUUGGACAGAAGGGCAACCCAUUGUCAAGGGGAAUCAUCAGCCGUACAAUGGCUCAGUGACAGAUAAGAAGAAUGGCAAUGGCUAUAACAUUGGGGAGCUAGCUACAUCUUCGCUGAUGGGUCUGGUUGCUACAAUAAAGGAGCACAUAACCAAGCCAACAGCAAUGGCACAGGGACGGGUCGCCCACCUGAUCGAGUGGAAAGGUUGGGGUGGGGAGACAACGACUGGAGGAGGCUGGUGUGGCUGGAGCAGGGAUGGUGGAGGCUGGGGAGGAGCAGGGGCCUCACUGCAGGAGGACGAGCAGCUCUACUCCCAUCUGACCGACGAGCUCAAGGAGGCACGCUUUGCUGCAGGGGUAGCUGAGCAGUUUGCCUUGGCUGAAGCAUCAAUGAAUGCAUGGCCUUCACCUGAGGUCACAAAUCGAGCCACAACAAGCACAGUCCAAUUACAAGGCUGCGAGGGCCUGUAUCUCUCUCAGUAUCUCAUGGAUGGAGGAAGUUUGGGCGUCCCACACCACCUGUACAGCAUACACACAGAGGCCAAUGCCCAAACCAGCUCUCUGAAUACUACACAGCCACCUCAACCCUUCUUCUGUAGCUCUGUAUCUCAGCCAGAAUCACAGCACUUCAUUCAGGAGCAGAGGACUUCACUGGCUGAUGGCCCUGUACGACAUGCAGACAGCAGUUCUGAGGAUGAGGUCUUUUUUGACUAAAAAACCCCCUGAAUACCAGCUGACACAGGAUAUAUGACUCUGAAAGCUGGAAUAAAGUGGACAUUUGUCUUACCUCAUGUGACCGAGUCAAGGUAUAUAUGAUGGAAUAAGUCGUAAUGUGUUUGUCUGUGUGGCAGCACCAGUGUUGAUCUACCUCUAAAGAGGUCAUUGCCUUACCCAGCUGUACAUAGAUCAUAUAAGUCUCCUUGCCAUAUCUUCAAGUGAUAUUUUUGAUGCAAGCGCCAGUUCAUAAAGCUAUAACAUGGUGUCUUUUACCAGGACAAAAUGCUAUUAACAGUCUGUACAGACAGAUGUUUUAAAGGAACUGAAUCACCUCACUUCAAUGCCAGAAGAAAAAAAAAUACAGAACAAAUACACAUCUCCAUAACCUACUAAUGCAUUUGAAAAUUGCAGCUGUUGAGACGCAGAGGUCUGUGAUAUGCUCUCAGUUUGAAAGCAGCACCUGUAAAUACCUGCUUAAAAACCCUUUUCUGAUGCUUUUCCAUCUCGUCUAAAAGCAGAAAUCUCACAGGGCUUUGCAGCUGGAGAUAAUGUGGACAUAAAAAGACGUGUUCUCUUUAAGCCAGGCUUGGAGAAACCCAGUAAAGAAUGGCUCAUGGAGAGUAAGGCACAAAAGGGGUUUGUGUGAGAGUGGUGAUUGAAGGAUGAAUAUGAUUUAUGCCUUGAUGCAAAGAUGAAAACCAGGGUUUUAAAGGUUUUUGAGAACUCCAAGGCCUGUUUCAUCCCCCCCCCCCCCACACACACACAAGAAAGCUUAUCUGUUGAAAGCCUUGUUCAUGCAUAGUCCUUUCUAUAUUGUGAUGUAUAUACAGAUUUCUUUAUGUAAGUUAUGGUUUAUUCUUUAAAAAAAAAGAGAAAAGAGAGAAACUCUUCUCAGAUAUCCAAAAGAAAAAAAGACAUGCAUUCUAUGUUCUGCCAAUGCAGAGAGAGAGAGAGAGAGAGAGAGAGAGAGAGAGAGAGAGGCCUGGAAUAACAAUGAUCUGCUUCCUCUGGUUGCCUAGUUGUUAUUCACUCAACCGAUAAAAGAGGCAGAGGAAAGUAAGCAAGGAAGGGAGGGGUGUAGAGAGAAAAGUGAGAGAUAUACACAGAAAGAGUGAAAGAGAGGAAACAGGUGGGAGUGAGAAAGGUGAUGGGGAGGUGUGUGCAUGUGAGAAGACAGAUAGCAAGAGAGAAAGAGAGAGCGAUAGCUGGAGAGAUAAAUGGCGAGAGAGGUGAUAGAAUAAUAGCGUUUUAGUGUUAUCUGGUUCCACCGUCUUUUAAUAGAAGUUUAUGUAGCGUAAACUGAUGCAUUGUGUUGUGGUGGCUUCUUUUGUGCCACAGACAGGCUUCUGAAUAGGGUUUAAUCAAGCUGCAGACGUCAACUUAAUUGAAAUCAUGAUGGCAAAAGGGCUCUCAUUUCAUCCACCAACACGUUUUUUGGGAACAAAGCCCAGAGAUAUAAUGAAUCCCUAAUAAGGUAGUAGACAUUUGAACUAUAAGAAAUUAUGGGCAAGAAAGAAGGUGUAAGGUCAGAAAGGAAAAAUAGCAGUGUUACAUUAUUAUAUGUCAUGUUUAGAUUGCGGGAGGCACGGUGGUGUAGUGGUUAGCGCUGUCGCCUCACAGCAAGAAGGUCUGGGUUCGAGCCCCGUGGCUGGCGAGGGCCUUUCUGUGCGGAGUUUGCAUGUUCUCCCCGUGUCCGCGUGGGUUUCCUCCAGGUGCUCCGGUUUCCCCCACAGUCCAAAGACAUGCAGGUUAGGUUAACUGGUGACUCUAAAUUGACCGUAGGUGUGAAUGGUUGUCUAUGUGUCAGCCCUGUGAUGACUUGUCCAGGGUGUACCCCGCCUUUCACCCGUAGUCAGCUGGGAUAGGCUCCAGCUCGCCUGCGACCCUGUAGAACAGGAUAAAGCGGCUAAAGAUAAUGAGAUGAGAUGUUUAGAUUGCAUCAUUUUCACCAUGCUCAUGGAAAUAAACAAGUUCUGCAACGUUGUUGUGAUAUUCACCACCUUUUAUAGCUACAAGCUCACAAGUCAUGACACGAUGCUAACAGGUAUUAAAAUGAUAGAAAGUAUAAGAUACUUCACACUGCAGUCAGUGCUAAAUGUUAUUCCAGCUGUAUGACGUCUCUUUGAGUAACUGACCAACAGAUCUAAGGGAAAUGUUUCUGGUUUGGUCUGUCUAUUAAAAAAAAUAUCAGCAGAUAAGUAUUAUCUGGUUAAGUCACUUCAAGUCAUUAUAUACAUAGCUUUGGCAUCCAUAUUUCCCAGCUGCCCAGGAAAUGACUUCAAACUGGGUCAUGUUCAUGAAGUUUAUGAGAAGACUGCAAAUGAACAGCACGUUGUGGUGUUCAUCACUUCAGAAAUCAAAAUUCACAGAGUUGUAAAUAUUGGCACAUCUGAGCAAAAGUCCUGAUAGUUUUGUCAUGUGUCCACUGUAUAAUGUCCUGUAUAAACACUUACCGGUUUUGUGAAAGUGAGCUAAAUUCACUUGGCCCAGAAAUUACAUAACUUAUUUGAGUUGUUCAUAUUUCCCAGGUUUCUAGCAAGUGUUGAAUUUACAGUGUCUUGCAAAAGUAUUGAUCCCCCUUGGUGUUUGUCACGU